AUGGUGAGAGAGGGAGACCACAGGUACAACCAGGCACACUACGAGGCACUGGGAGAGGUGGACGCCAACCGACGUGAGCCCAAGUCGUUUGUGUUUGAGAGCGAAGAUGCCCGUAGCAACGAGGAAAAGUUGAUGGUCCUGAUUCACGGGAGUGGAGUCGUCAGGGCUGGCCAGUGGGCCCGAAGACUGAUCAUCAAUGACUGUCUGGACACUGGGACUCAGCUACCAUUCAUCAAAAGAGCUAAAGAGGUUCACUCAUUCAUUCGACGGCUCUGAACAGCUAAACUCAAUACCAGCAGUAGAAACACGCUGCAUUGUUCUUUUCAACAUCGUCACAAGCACUCUUACUUUUAACUGUGCACUACUCCACACAUGCACACACACACACACGUGCACACACACACUCGGACACACAUUCACACAGGAGGGAUAUGGUGUCCUGGUACUCAACCCCAACAGAAAUCACGAGGAGAAGAACGGAAAGAAAAAACCCAUCAAAGGCAAUUCUUCACCAGAAGAACAUGCAAAGUAUGUGUGGAAACACAUAAUAAAACACUAUUCAGCCAAAGAGAUUUACAUUGUUGCACACAGCUACGGAGGAAAAGUCGCUACAGACCUGGCAGAUCAAUCUAAAGUCCGUGAACCUUCCGAAAGCGAGUGAAAAAGAUAGCCUUUACAGAUUCCGUCCACAGUUUUCAACUACAGGGCACCAGCACAGCUGUCAAGGAAUGGCUAGCAUCACACUCUAGGAACUGGAUCUGUUCCAUUGAUCCCCUAGACCAAGAACAGGGUACAGCCAAAGGGAUGGUCCCUAAAGUUUCAGCAGGCACAACAAAACACGAAGAGACUUCCUCCCAUGCAAUGGAGUCCAUUUUCAAGUUUUUCGCUGAGGAAGAAGAUCUAGACUAAUCGCCUUGUUGCCCCCUUUUAUAGGCUCUUGUAAUCUUUUUUUCAAAAGAACGCCUACAUUGAUCUAUAACAGUGUACAUCAACAUACGUCAUCCGUGUUGUGUUGCGUGCA